CUAUCCGCUUCAAUCAUUUGUGUCCAGAGCAGGAAGAAUCUCAUCCAUGGCGUCUUCUGCAACCUCAUCCAUAUCCACGCUCUUCUCUUUCUUCAGCCAUUCUCAACCGUCGCCUCCGCCGAAAUCUCCGCCCUCGCAGGUGUCUCUCUCCUCGUCUCAAAUCAGUCGAGACAGGCUACCCGUGCGGACUCGCAGUUCCUCCAAUGAAGCUCUCGACUCAGUGGUUUGCCCUUCGCUAGCCUACGCUAAUACCUUGUUCUUCCGAACUGCGUACAAUGUACAGGUGGUUGUUGACGAUAAGGAGCCGGAGGAGAGGCUUCUCGGUCGCUUCAGAAGAGAGGUCAUGCGAGCUGGAGUAAUUCAAGAGGUCAAGCGCCGCCGGUGUUUUGAGACUAAGCAGGAUGAGAAGAAGCGCAAGACGCGUGAAGCUGCGAAGCGCAAUCGUCGCAGACGCCCUCAAUCAAGAAUGCCGAGUCCACAGGAUAGACAAGAGACUUCAAAGGCCAGUAAAGGUGAUGAUGAUGAAGAUAACUGGGAUCUUCCUGACGGGGAUGACCUUCCCUACUUAUCUUGAACCACCCGUCUUCCUUUUGUUUUAGCCGAAGAAAACUGCUGUUUGUUUCCCUACUUUUGGGGAUUUUUGAUAUUGUAAGUUCUCGCAAUCCUCGGGUUUUUUUUGUAAAAGAUAAGUACAGCUGAUUCAGUAUAUUUGACUGAUUUGUUGAUGCUCGUACUAAACUCAAUUCAAAUCAUGAUAAAGUAAAGUUUGUCCUUUAUAUCAA